AUGGGCAAGAACCAGUCGAAGCUCACGCCCGAGCAGCUGGUGGAUCUGCAGAAGAGCACCUACUUUGACCGCAAGGAGCUGCAGCAGUGGUACAAGGGCUUCCUCAAGGACUGCCCCUCGGGCGUGCUCGACAAGCAGGAGUUCAUCAAGGUGUACAAGUCCUUCUUUGCCUUUGGCGACCCGUCCACCUUUGCCGAGUUCGUCUUCAACGUCUUCGACGAGAAUGGCAACGGCACCAUCGACUUCAAGGAGUUCAUCUGUGCCCUCUCGGUGACGUCGCGCGGGCGCCUCGACGAGAAGCUGCGCUGGGCCUUCCAGCUGUACGACAUUGACGGCGACGGCACCAUUACGUACGACGAGAUGCUCA